AUGUCUAGCAGAAGAUCCCAGUCGACGCAGCCAGGAGUUUCCAGGAUAAGCGAUGAACAGAUCGCUGAUCUUGUAUCCAAGUUGCAGCAGCUUAUCCCUGAAAUUCGCACUCGACGUCGUUCAGACAAGGUAUCGGCUUCAAAGGUCUUGCAGGAGACUUGUAACUACAUUAGGAGCUUACACAGAGAGGUCGAUGAUCUGAGUGAUCGACUAUCGGCGCUUUUGGAGUCGACAGACGGUGAUAGUGCUCAAGCAGCCAUAAUUAGAAGCUUGCUAAUUAAACUAGUGUGGAGUAACUGGAGUCCAUAA